GAAGGAUCAAGUGUACGGAACACAAGAGUAACCGUGUUGAGUUCCACUGUCAAGACUGUGGGAAGGCUGCCUGUCGGACAUGUUGUAUCAUCAACCACAGAGCUUGUAACACUGUCGUCACCAUUGAGUCUAUGAAGCCAGGGAUGAAGGCAGCACUGAUGGAGAAGAGACUUGGCAUGGACAAGAGAGUGAAAGUGAGGUCGAAGAAAGUAGACAUACGAAACGAGAAGCUCCAAAGUAGUUCUAGAAUCACAGAGUCAGCUGUUCAAAAUAUUAGGUUGAUCUGCCAGACAGCUAUUAACAAGAUUAAACAGAAAGAAACACAACUCUUGGAUGAACUGAAUAACAUAUCACAGACAUACGCCGACCGAGCUGAUGUGAAUCUGGAAGAGAUCGAGAUACAGAUGUACAGACAACAUUGUGAGUUCAUUGACCAGGCCUUGGUAUCGGACUCUGAGAUGGACCUGUAUGACGCGUAUCAGGCCUGGGAGUCUCCAGCUGUAGAGAUGGAGGCUGUCAGGGAUACAGAGACAGCAACCACCCGGAGAAUAGAUCACAUCGGGUUUACACCAGACACUGACAACGUCCUGAAGGUCCUAGAUAACCUGCAGUUGGGGAAGAUUGACGUCACAUACCAGGAUCAGGGUACAUGUCAGCCAUCUCCAGUGCUGGUUGACACGAUAGAAGGGAGGGUGUCGGGUGAUGAGGAGGAGCCUUACCUACAAGACGUGACAGUUCUGGUUGUAGAUGGUGUACAGACAUGUGUUGUUACGGGCUAUAAUAACAAGUGUGUGAAAUCUUUCUUCACAAGAAAUAAUCAUUCAUGCCAUAGUAAACUUCCCCUGGGUAACUCUCCAAAUGGGAUAACACAGUUGAAUGAGAAGCAGGUGAUGGUUGCUGUCCCUUUAUCCCGUCAGAUUGUAAAGGUAGAAGUGACCCCUGACCUGGUGCUGCUCUCUACCACCAAAACACGUGCCGAAUACUACAGUCUGGCUGUUCUGAAUCCUUCCUCUCUAGCAGCAGGUACUUGGGAACGCAUGGAUAUCCUGGAGAUGGCUGGACACGUGUUGAGGUCUGUCAUUACAGAAAAGAAAGCGUUACUAUUUGCAUACCCUGACUACAUCUUCGUCACCAACAAGGGCAACCCACUCGUGUCUGACUGGGGGAAGAAGUAUGUGACAUGUCUGACGUCAGAGGGGGAUGUUUUAUGGAGAUACGCCCGUACCGGAGACAAGGCACUCAGGUACCCUUGUGGUAUCACAACUACCAGCACAGGAGACAUCCUGUUUGUAGACAGGACACUGACAAGGUGAUACAGCUGACAGAGUCGGGGGAGUUUGUCAGAGAUGUGCUUACGUCAGAAGAUGAUGAUUUGAAAGACGGAUGACAAAUACGGAUUCCUCUUUCUAUGCAAAGACACGGAGGUGAAAUCGCAUAUAGUCUGGUAGAAAACGAAAAAUGGAGGUUAAAUCUGUUUCAGGUGAU